AUUAUUGGAAACGCGCUUAAUGAUUACAGGAUUCGCAGGGUUAAAUGCGAUGAGCAAAAACCUCAAUGCAAAAAUUGUACCUCUACUGGAAGAAAAUGCGAGGGCUAUAGUCGCUCAAAUCUAGCGACAUCGGAGCAUUCACAGGUCCAGGGGACGUGCAGGCGACACAAAAGCGAAGCUUGCUCCGGUAUCUUGAGCGACACACUUUUGGCCACCAGUUCCCUACUUGGGCCAUGGGAACGUCGAAGCUUCGACUAUCUCCGAAGCGAAGCUGUGCCAGAAAUAUUUGGCGUCUUUGAUUCCGAUUUCUGGACUCCAAUGCUUCAACGGCGUGUGACCGAGCCCGUUCUACAGCACGCUCUCUCAAGUCUAAGCGCUGUCUAUGGACAUUACCGCAGAGACAGCCAACUGAAUCACUUCGCCAUCCAGCAGUACAAUAAAGCGAUCCAGCUAUUGAGGAGGAAUGCUCCGAUGACUCAGAUUGCCUUCACGUUACGUUGAUGGCCUGCCUGAUCUUUGUUUGUCUCGAGUUUCUCCGGAACAAUUUUGCAACUAGACUCAAUCAUCUG